UUCACUUCACACAAAAAGGCCCUCGAAUUGUUCACCUCGGUGCACUCUUUCUCUCUCUAGUCAUCACCCAUUUUGGCCGAGGAAAGCUAGAGAGAAGGAAAAUAAAAGAGAAAAAUGGCCGCCGAGAAGCCGAAGUCAGCUGGAGUUUGGCCCACGGUGAAGCCCUUUGUUAAUGGGGGUGCAUCUGGAAUGCUCGCUACCUGCGUUAUUCAGCCUAUCGAUAUGAUCAAGGUGAGAAUACAGCUUGGCCAAGGAUCAGCUGGUGAGGUGACUAGGAACAUGCUUAAAAACGAUGGUAUUGGUGCCUUUUACAAGGGUUUGUCUGCUGGGCUUCUUAGGCAAGCAACAUAUACAACUGCUCGUCUUGGGUCGUUCAGGAUUUUGACAAACAAAGCAAUAGAGGCUAACGAUGGGAAGCCGUUGCCUCUAUACCAGAAGGCUCUAUGUGGAUUGACUGCUGGAGCAAUCGGGGCAUGUGUUGGAAGUCCUGCUGAUUUGGCACUCAUUCGUAUGCAAGCUGAUGCAACACUACCUGCUGCACAACGAAGGAAUUACACUAACGCAUUUCAUGCCCUUUACCGUAUUGUUGCUGAUGAAGGAGUGCUAGCUCUGUGGAAAGGUGCCGGUCCAACCGUGGUGAGGGCUAUGGCACUCAACAUGGGUAUGCUUGCUUCGUACGAUCAAAGUGUGGAGUUCUGCAAGGAUACUCUUGGUCUUGGCGAAACUGCUACAGUCGUAGGGGCCAGUUCCGUAUCAGGUUUCUUCGCUGCAGCCUGCAGUUUGCCCUUUGACUAUGUGAAAACCCAAAUCCAGAAAAUGCAGCCCGAUGCUCAGGGGAAGUAUCCCUACACGGGCUCUCUCGACUGUACCGUGAAGACAUUGAAAGCAGGAGGACCCUUCAAAUUUUACACUGGAUUUCCAGUAUAUUGUGUCAGGAUUGCUCCUCAUGUCAUGAUGACGUGGAUUUUCUUGAACCAAAUCCAGAAACUUGAGAAGAAGGCCGGGCUGUAACUCGAGCUGGAGAAGCCCGUUUUCAAGCUCUAACUUCAGAAUAAUGUUUGGAAUACAAGGAUUAUUAUUUUGAGAUUAAUACUUAUGAUUUUUUGUAUUACUGAAUUGGAUUGUAUUCAGAUUUGGAUAGGAGACAAGUUUAAAUUCACUUAAUCUGGAAGAGUUGUUUUAUUAAUUCACUAAAUAAUACUCGAAUCAAUACUACUUUGAUUUCUAUUA